CUCUAGGCGUGGACAAUGGAUACUUUAAGUCUGUCAGUGAACGCUGUAUCCUACACUGUGGCAGCUGAACUCCCCACUACAGAUGAUCCGUUUAAUGGACCCAUUAAGGACAUCGCGCCGUGGAACUUCACGAUCCUGGCCGUUCUCAUGUUUGUGGUCACCUCGCUUUCUCUGAGCGAAAAUUUCCUGGUUAUGUUUGUCACUUUCAAGUUCAAACAACUCAGACAGCCCCUGAACUACAUUAUAGUUAAUUUGGCCAUCGCUGACUUUCUUGUCUCCCUCACCGGUGGAGUAAUAAGUUUCCUGACAAACGCCAGGGGUUAUUUCUUCCUUGGAAAGUGGGCUUGCGUCCUGGAGGGGUUUGCUGUUACUUUUUUCGGGAUCGUAGCCCUGUGGUCCCUGGCCGUUCUGUCCUUCGAGCGGUUUUUCGUGAUCUGCCGGCCUCUGGGGAACAUCCGACUGCAAGCGAAGCAUGCGGUCCUGGGUCUGCUGUUCGUCUGGACCUUCUCCUUCAUCUGGACCUUCCCUCCGGUGCUGGGCUGGAACAGAUACACUGUAAGCAAGAUCGGAACCACCUGCGAGCCUGACUGGUAUUCAACCAGCAUGAAGGCUCACAGCUACAUCAUCACUUUCUUCACCACCUGUUUCAUUCUCCCUCUUGGAGUGAUAUUCUUCUGCUAUGGAAAGCUCCUCCGGAAACUCAGGAAGGUGUCUCAUGGUCGUCUGGCCAAUGCCAGGAAGCCAGAGCGGCAGGUGACCCGUAUGGUGGUGGUCAUGAUUGUUGCGUUCAUGGUGGGCUGGACGCCGUACGCUGUCUUUUCCAUACUGGUCACAGCUCAUCCAACCAUUGAACUUGAUCCCAGGCUGGCUUCCAUCCCCGCCUUCUUUUCCAAGACAGCUGCUGUCUACAACCCAAUCAUCUACGUCUUCAUGAACAAACAGUUCAGGAAGUGCCUAAUCCAGCUCUUCACCGGCAUGGGGACCAUACCAGACAGCAACCUGAACCAGACCUCUGAACGACCCGGCAUUACAGCAGAGAGUCAAACGGGAGAAAUGUCAGCCAUUGCAGCCCGCAUCCCUGUGGGUGGCACUGCAUCACCCAGGUCUGACGAGUCUCCAACCGACUGUGGCUCGUUUGCUCAGCUGCCUAUCCCAGAGAAUAAAGUGUGUCCGAUGUAA